AAUAAUAAAAAAGCCGCGAGAACGGACUGCCGGUGAGACGACAACGACUGGGACAAAGCAUCGAAAGAACAACAAGAAUUUUUCGCAAGUUUUCCGAGAUUGUUUAGCUCUUAAAGAGAUACUUUUUCUUCUUGAAACGCUUUGAAGGAACAAAUAAAUAUGGAAAAUAAUUCCCACACAAAGGCUGAACAUCCCAAGUGUGGCCGAUGCAAUACAAAUGUCUACCAAGCUGAGUCCAUCAGUAUGGCUGGCAAAGAGUGGCACAGACGGUGCUUCUCGUGUGCUGAUGCAAAAUGCCGUAAGAAACUCGAGAGUACGACUUGCUGUGACGCCCAGGACGAGAUCUGGUGCAAAUCAUGCUACGCCAAGCGAUUUGGUCCCAAAGGGUACGGAUACGGACUAGGUGCUGGAGCACUAAGAUUAACCAAGGGACAUUCAGGGGAAAUCAACCAAGCACCCAAGAUAUUUCUCCCCACGGAAAAAGGAGACUUUAAGGAAGGAAGCUGCCACAAGUGUGGUCACCCUGUGUUUGAGGCAGAAAAGAUGAAUUGCAGUAGUCAGGUUUAUCACAAGCAGUGUUUUUCGUGUUUUGAGUGUGGCAUUCAGCUCGAAUCAACGACGGUCAAUGACCAUGAGUAUGGGAUUUAUUGUGGAGCGUGCUACGCCAAGAAAUUUGGCGCCAAAGGUUAUGGAUAUGGUCUGGGAGCUGGAGCUUUAAAAUUCACUGGAAAAUAGAGAUUCUGUUGCUUCUUAAAAAUGGAUAAAUUGUGCAGUUGUGCAGUUUUAAAGGUCAACUAAAUA